GAUAAAAAUAUUAAAAAGUUAAAAAAUUAGUUAAUUUAAUUUAGAACGGUGGGAUUAGUUGUUUCCAGGUAUGAGCUGGCUGUACUUACUCCCGAGAUACUAAUAUAUAGUUUAGUUUUAGAGCGACAUUAUUUUAGGCACAAAAUAGUGUGAAAAGAGAGAGGAGGAUAUAGAGAUCGAUUUGAUUAUGGAGGCGGAGACAAGUGAAGGUAAUAAUUCUGCUCCAUUAAGUGCAGCUACUGCUACUGCAACUGCAACUGCUUCAAAGAGGAAGAUGAUAAUGGUGGCUAUUGAUGAGAGUGAAGAGAGUUUCUAUGCUCUUAACUGGGCAUUGGAUCACUUGCUCAACAAUCCUUCUUAUAUUAUCACUUUAAUUAAUGUCCAACUUCCUUUUAGCCCCAUGGUUUAUCCUGCUGGACCAGUUGUGUUUGCUGCCCCUACUGUGGUUGAAGCAGUGAGAAAAUCACAACAUGAGAAUGCAACUAGAAUACUCUCUCGGGCACUCCUCCUCUGCAAACAAAAGAUGGUGAAGGCGGAGACUCUGAUCCUUGAAGGGGACCCAAAAGAUAAGAUAUGUCAAGCUGCUGAUGAAUUGUAUGUUGACCUUCUAGUAGUGGGUAGCCGAGGGCUCGGCAAGAUUAAAAGGGCUUUUCUGGGAAGUGUGAGUGACUAUUGUGCUCAUCAUGUGCAUUGCCCUAUUCUUAUUGUGAAGCCACCCAAGGAACACCCCAAAAGUAGCUAAUUAAGAAACAAGCAAUGCAUGAUGUUUCUUAGUUGUUGAUGAAAUAAAUAGAAGUUUAUUGUGGAUUGUAAAAUUUAUGUAAUGUGGAGAGCUUUAUUAUCAAUAAAUCAAGGUUGUAUAAA